AUGCGGAGAGCCAUAUUAUCACAGACGCUGCAAGGCGCAGUCCUCAGCAUGACAUCCAACAUCAUCGCACAAGGCAUAUCCUCCUACAAACACGACACACCCUUCUCACUCAACUACAUCCAAGUCCUCAAAUUCGCCAUCUUCAGCCUCCUCAGCAGCCCGCCCAACAUCCUCUGGCAAACGCGCCUCGAAGCCACCUUCCCGACCACCGUAUCCACGCUCUACGACCCCUCCGAGAAAAAGCCCACCACGCCCACAAAACGAGAAAUCAGCAAGACAAACGUGCUGAUCAAGUUCCUGCUCGAUCAGACCAUUGGCGCUGUCAUCAACACGCUCUUGUUCCUCGCGUACAUGGGCUAUGUGAAUUCGGGGGACUGGAACGUCGUGGCGCAGAAUUGUAGGGCGAGGCUUUGGCCCAUGAUGCGCGAUGGGUAUAAGUUCUGGCCGCUUAUCUCGCUGAUCAGCUUCGUGUGGGUGCCGGUUGAUAAGAGGAUUGUGUUUGGGUGCUCGGUUGGGGUUGUUUGGGGGAUCUAUCUGAGUUUGGCGGUUGGGGCUUGA